GUCAUCAGAAGAUGAUCAGGCCUUUAUUCCAAAGCCUGGAAUAGAAGAUUUAUUCUCUGAAAUAAUACUGGGAAGGCUGAGGGCGCUGCCGGCGCUGGAGUCCUUGUUGGGGUCCCCGCCCCGGAGCCUCUCUCAGCGGUCCUUCUGACUAUGAAUGUGAGGUGAGCUGAUUAAAAGGCUGUGACUCCUCAACAUAGUGUCACCUGAGGAAACAACCCAGACCGUGAUCAGGACCAGGACCCAAUGGCUGCUUCUCAGGGACCGUUGACCUUCAGGGAUGUGGCCAUAGAUUUCUCUCAGGACGAGUGGGAAUGCCUGGACCCAGCUCAGCGGAAGUUGUACAUGGAUGUGAUGUUGGAGAACUACAGCAACCUGGCUUCCCUAGCUAUGUCACCUAAAGAUAACCAGGCCUUUAUGCCAAAGCCCAGAAUACAAGAUUUAUUCUGUGAAAUAAUACUGAGUACACAUAACGGAGAUAGAAGUUAUGAAUGGAUUGAACAUUGGAAAAACAUUAAGCUAGAGUUAUAUCUUAAUCAUUGGACAAGUGAGCUGCCAGAGGAGCAUCAUAAAAGUGGAAAAGUCUUUGACCAAAUGUCCAAUCACAAUAUACAUCAGGUUUUUCCUAUUGUGGAGAAGACACACAAAGGAAGUAAAUGUGUCCAAUAUUUUCUGCAGCCUUCAAAUGACGAUGAACAAGAGAAUAUUCCUACUGGGGAGCAAGCUUACAAAUGGAAUCCGUGUGGGAGAUCUGCAGUCAAAGCCUCAAGCAUGAUUCGACAUGAGAAAGUUCAUACUGGAGAAAAACCUUACAAAUGUAGAGAAUGUGGCAAAGCCUUUAGGCAGUCCGCAGCCCUUACUUGCCAUCAGAGAGUUCAUACUGGAGAAAAGCCUUAUAAAUGUAGAGAAUGUGGCAAAGCCUUGAGGCAGUCCGCAGCCCUUAGUUGCCAUCAGAAAGUUCAUACUGGAGGAAAACCUUACAAAUGUAGAGAAUGUGGCAAAGCCUUUGGCCGGUCCUCACACCUUAUUUGUCAUCAGAGAGUUCAUUCUGGAGAGAAGCCUUAUAAAUGUAGAGAAUGUGGCAAAGCCUUUAGGCAGUCCGCAGCCCUUAGUUGCCAUCAGAGAGUUCAUACUGGAGAGCAGCCUUAUAAAUGUAGAGAAUGUGGCAAAGCCUUUAGAUAUUCCUCCUCCCUUAAUGUACAUCAAAGACUUCAUACUGGAGAUAAGGUUUAUAAAUGUAGAGCAUGUGGCAAAGCCUUCAGGCACUCUUCAGCCCUUAAUCAACAUCAGAGAGUGCAUAGUGGAGAGAAGCCUUAUAAAUGUAAAGUGUGUGGCAAAAGCUUUAGCUACUCCUCAGAUCUUAAUCGUCAUCAGCUUAUUCAUACUGGAGAGAAGCCUUAUAAAUGUAGAGAAUGUGGCAAAUCCUUUAGCUGGUUCUCAUCCCUUACUAAUCAUCAGCGUGUUCAUACUGGAGAGAAGCCUUAUAAAUGUAGAGAAUGUGACAAAGCCUUUAGCAAUACUUCAAAUCUUAUUGUACAUCAGAAGGUUCACACUGGAGAGAAACCUUAUAAAUGUAGAGAAUGUGGGAAUGCCUUUAGCAGGUCUUCAAGUCUUACUGUACAUCAGAGAAUUCAUUCAGGUGAGAAGCCUUAUACAUGUAGAGAAUGUGGCAAAGCCUUUGUCACCUCCUCAAAUCUUAUUAAGCACCAGAGUAUUCACACUGGAGAGAAGCCCUGCAUCCCUUACUAAGCAUCAGAGAGUUCACACUUUAGAGAAGCCUUCUAAAUGUAGAGGAUAUAACAGCCUUUCAUCAGUGUUUCUGCCUUACUUU